UUUGAUGUAGAUUCCAAAACUGGCUCUCUCACUUCUGCUAAAAGGUUGAAUCGAGAAGAAAUCUGUCCAUUUGAUGAAAUCUGUAAACUUAAAGUUGAUAUUGGUGUUUACAUCAAACAGAGUUCUGGUAUUGAUAAUCUAGUCAAAAUAAUAGUAGUCUCUGUCUUUCUGACGGACAUCAAUGACAACACUCCUAAAUUUAAAGAUAGCAGAUUGACCCUUGAAGUUCCAGAAUCAGUUCCUGUUGGUCAUGUUCUUCUUCUCAGUGGUGCAGAUGACCCUGAUAUUGGUUCAAACGCCAUUCAAUCCUACAGAAUGAUUCCUGAUAUUGGAAUGUUUGAGUUACAAGUGAUUAAAAAUUUGGAUGGUAGUUCUGAUUUAGGAAUUGAAGUCAAGAGACGUCUGGAUCGUGAAACCAUGGAUAAUUUUAAUCUGAAAAUUAUUGCCCAAGAUGGUGGCAACCCUCCAAAAUCUGGCUCAGUUGAUGUUGAAAUUGUUGUCUUGGAUAAUAAUGACAACAAACCCCAAUUCCUGAAUACUCCAUUUGGUUUCACCAUUCCUGAAGAUUUUCCUGUGGGUAAAACCAUUGUGAAACUAGCAGCAGUUGAUCCAGAUUUGGAAAAUAAUGGAAAAUUGGUCUAUUCUUUUAGCACCAGAGCUUCAGAUAAAGUCAAACAGUAUCUUGGAAUAAACAAUCAAUCUGGGGAUAUUUUCCCCAUAAAGAAAUUAGAUUAUGAGUCUGACCCUAUACUGGAGUUUCUGGUGGAUGUGAGAGAUCAAGGAAACCCACCCAAAUCCUCCCAAGCUUCAGUGAAGAUCAAUAUAACUGAUGUGAAUGACAAUGCUCCACAAUUGAAAGUGAAUCUACCACCAGCCAGUAAGUCUAUAUCUGAAGAUGCUGUUAUGGGUUCCUUUGUAGCUCAUGUUUCAGUGUUUGACUCUGAUAGUGGACCAAAUGGUGAAAUCACUUGUGAAACUGAGGAUGACAGAUUCUCGCUUCUCCUCUUCUCAGAUUUUGCCUACAUUUUCAAAAUCUUAUUACAGAAGCCUUUGGAUUAUGAAGAAGCUAAGAAUGUAACUGUAAAUGUUUCAUGUAAAGAUAAAGGAGAUCCUCCACUUUCAAAUUCUACUUCCUUCACAUUCAAUGUGGGAGAUGAAAAUGACAAUGCUCCAGUGUUUGCACGACAGGAAUAUAGAGUUGCUUUUACUGAAAAUAACAGCAUUGGUGAUGAAAUUGUUGAAUUAAAAGCAACUGAUAAGGACAGUGGAAUUAAUGCAAAGAUUUUCUACGACUUAGUGAAUUUGACAAAUAUUGUGUCUGUGGAUAAGAAUAAUGGAAAACUUAAAGCGGAAAUUGUGUUUGAUCGUGAAGUUAAGUCAGAAUAUAAUUUUCUGGUAAAGGCGUCUGAUUCGGGUAAUCCUAUUCUCUCAACCACUGCUAAUGUUGUUGUCAUUAUAAUGGAUCAAAAUGAUCAUCCUCCAUUAUUUACAACUAAACAUUUUAAAUUUGUGAUUCUGGAAAACCAGCAACCUGGAACGUACGUUGAUAGAUUGAAUGCCACUGAUGCUGAUAACAAUAAAAAUCCAACCUUUUUGUUUUCCUUCGCUCCAGAUUCAGUUGUUAAUGAUUUUAGUAUUGAUCCCUAUACUGGAUUUAUCAAAACGAAAAUAGUGUUAAAUCGUGAGAAACAAGGAGAGUAUGAGUUCCGUGUGUUUGUGACUGAUAAAGAAAAAUCUACUUAUGUAGAUGAUGCUGUGGUAACCAUUACUGUUCUAGACGAUAAUGAUCAUGCUCCAACAAUUACCUAUCCUAAUGAAUAUAACAAAACUGUGUUCUGUCCAUAUGAUAGUCCAGCAGGAACUAUUUUGUUAACAGUGGAAGCUUAUGAUCAGGACACUCAUGAUAAUGCUAAAAUUUCAUACUCCAUCAAUAAAGGCAAUGAUAAAAACUUAUUUAUGAUCAACGAAGAGUCUGGUCAAAUUUUGAUACGCCGUACGAUACAAGCAAGUGAAGCAGAAACCUACCCCUUAGUUGUAGGUGCACAUGACAAUGGAGGCAAAUCACAA